AGCAGCCUCAGGUGGGACAGGACAACAGCAACGCACGUUUUCGCAUUUUGGUGUAUUACUUGAGAGUCCACAAGCAAAUCAACAGCGUGUCCAUAAAUUACUGCAGAAAGCCACGGUUUAACUUCUGCAAGCUUAUUCUUGUCUCUUCCUGAAGUGCUGUUUCGCGGAAAUGGUUCACCUGAAGUUUCAGUUCGGACAGUGAAAUACUUUGGAGAAGUACGCACUGGCGACGGUAGAAAUGGAGAGCGGAUAAGGGAAUUCAACCCAUCAAAUCGGGAUUUUAUCAAGUUUAUACAGAGCUCCAGUGUGGGAUGUCGGCCCGGGGCUCAGUGGGGGAGCUGAUUCCCCAGGACAUGGCGGAAGUGUUUGCCCAAGAGCGGAGCACCAGAGGGGGCCGGAGGAAGAAGCGUCGGGGCUCCUUGGGGCGGGCCUUCAGCUGGCUCAAAGGCAAGAAGAAGAAGGAACUGGGAUGCAACAGCCUGGACACACAUCCGGGAGGGACCAACGCAGCCAGGCCACCGCCCACACUGCCCCUUGGCCACGCAGCAGUACGGAAGCAGGAGGUGGAGGUGAGGCUGGUGCCCCCACCCUUCCAGGAGAACGUUUUCCUGGAAGGCAGCAGGCCCCAGUACCUGGAGGACCUUCACUCAGAGGCACGCGAGGGACUCAAGCUGCUGCAGCAAGAAGAAUCCGACAAUGGAGUGGACUUCAAGGAUGACCAAAGUAUCAGUGUCAGUUCAACAGUGACAGUGCAGCAGAGUGAGUAUUGCAGCUACAGUGAAAGGAGUGCCGUGGAAUCAGACAGCACCAUCCCAGACUCUGAGUCCACUGUCUCCACCCGCUCCUCACGUUCAGGGCUGACCCGACAAGCGUCUACAUUUGGGCCCCUAAGCUCAGGGAACAAGCCUGGGAAAGCUAAAGCUAGGAGGAGACACAGGAGGACCACCGUGAUGGGGAUACCACAGCAUAUCCAGAAGGAACUAGGCCUAGACAGAGCAGCCUGGGCAGCACAGGUGUUGGAGGAGGAUGCUCGUCUCCACAAUGGGGACGGUCCUCAUCCAGCAGGUCCACAGGAGGGCGCCAGAGACGAGGCCCUCCAGACGAUCAGUGAGAACCAGGCCAGGGGGGGACCCCGCGAUGACCUGGCCCUUCUGCAGCCCACAGGCCCCCAGAUCUCUGCCUUGCAAAGGCCUAAGUCUGUGGCCAUCCCCUGGUUGACCACAGCCAGUAGCCUGGCCCAGCAUCCCCCCAGCCCCGUUAUGUCCAUCUCCCCUCAGGCCACUUAUCUGUCCAAGAUCAUCCCCAACGCUGUGCUCCCACCCUCCAUAGAUGUGGUGGAGAUCAGCCGGGGGCGGAGCCGGAACAGCGUGCGCACUGUCAGUAAGAGCAGCCUGCUUCUGGCCAGCCCCGCCUCCUCCAGGGCCUCCUCCAGGGCCUCCUCCCAGGCCUCCACCCUCUCCUCCGCCUCCCGCUACAACCAACCAACAUUUUCAGACAGCUCAGGGUGGAGUCGCUCAGAGUCAUCAGAGACCCUGGUGUCAGACUCCUCCACCAUCUCCAGUAGCACGGCCAGGCAGGGGCAGUACCAUGGGGAGGUAGCGUCUCCAGAAACCUCCCCUGACCAAGUCAGUGUCCGAUCAUCCAUCAGCAAGGCCCCCAGGAUCACCACAUCCACCAAUGGCAAGGCAAGGACCAGAGGGGAGGAGAGCAAGCAGGAGGGGAACUUCAUCCGGAGUCUGUCUGUGAUGAAGUCCAAGAGAGCCCCCCCCCCUCCCAGCCGCUCAUACUCCCUACACAAGGACAAGAUGAAGAGGCGCUCGCGGGACCUGGCAGAGGUCAGGGUGGUGGUGGUGGGGGAGUCUCCUCCUCAUCUCAGCCCAGGGCAGGGUGGGGAAGCCAGGUCUGGCUCCUCCCCCAGGUCUGGGAGAAACACAGACAGCCCUGGCUACACUGCAGACACCAGCUCUCUGGAGGAGUCCUCUGUGUCAGCCAGCCCAGUCAAGCCUCAAAACAAAAUCCUAACUGAUGAUGUGGCAGAGGCGGAGCCUGCAUCCACAGACUCCUCCUUUCACACUCAACCCUCCAAGGAGAACGGCCUGAAGACCACUGUCUCUCCCUCCAGUGGCUACUCCAGCCAAGGGGGCACGCCCACCCUCCCGGCCAGACACACCCACAGCGUCUCCCCCAAGCACAAGAAAGGAUUCCUGGCCAAACUGCAGAAUAUUUUCCCUGGAGCAUCUCCUACACCUUACCAUGCACAACCUGCAACCACUGACAAGCCUGUCCAGGCUGACCCUGCCCCUCCAGAAGGAUGCAUCACCCCAACACCCUUGGUUCUGGCCCUCAGAGGACUGUUUAAUAUACCACCCCCACCCAGGGUGCCCGCCCCCCCAGCCCCUCCACCUGAGGUGUGGGUACAUAACAAGCGCAGCUUUGAGCUCCUGCUGGGGCCCCCGGCCCCCACAGACACGUACUCAGUCUUGAGGAAGAACCCCAAGGACAGACGGGCGCAGAAACAGUCUGGCUCUAAAGAAGCUUCACUGAAGAGUUUGUCAGCGGAGAGAAGAGAAGUAGAACAGCCACCAGCACAGCAGACCGUAGCUGUGCUAAAGAGGGUUUUAGAUGCGGUGGAGAGCAACGUUCUAGAAGGUCAUGAGAAGGAACAGUCAUUCUUGAUGCUAUCAAGCAGUGGAACCGUUAUGUUUGAGUCAGGAAAGGUUCAGGGAAGUUUAAAAGUCCAGGCUACUGAAAAUUCAAGUUCAGUGGUUCACGAAGAGGAAAAUGAACGUCUAAAUCAGAUGGAGUCUACAGAGAAGAAAGGGAAUGCCAAAGUAGAAUGGGAGGAUGAACAAGAGAAUGUCAAAAGAAGUUUUCUAAUAAACGGAAAGUCAGUCAGAUUAGUAGAAGAAGGUCUAACAACGUCACAGCAAGCUGAGACUAAGACUGCCUUACAGACUCCAAGCCAAGCCCAGGGGGUGAAGAUUGCUUCACCACCUGAAAGUGACACGUUGUGUGUGUGUGCCCAGGCAGUAGCACGUGUGUCUCCCUCGCCCCCCCCGGCACAUCUCCCCCCCCUGCCGCCCACCAAACAGACCACACCUGCGUCCCACCUCAACCAUGCCCCCCCAGAACCCCUUGUUUCCCCCACAGGGGAGUCGUCUUGGCCCCUCCCCCCUCCCCUACUGGAUGCAUUCAUCGAGCCCCCCCUCUGUGGCCAUGAUGAGAGCGAUUUCCUCCCUCCGCCACCCCCAUUUUCUCCAAGCCAGGUUGGGCUGGAUGUGACAGAACAGAUUCCCCCUACUGAAGAGUCACAAGGUGAAAAACACCUGAUCACCCCCCCCCCCAUAUCUCUCCAAGCAUGUGAUUCAGGGAAAGAACCUGUUCAAAAGCUUGAUCCUCCAAGCCCUUCUGUCUCAGCUGUAAAUGGUCCUGCUCCGGAGUCUUCAGCAGUGACAACCAGGGUUCAGUCCCAGAGCAUCCCGCCCCCACCUCCCUAUGCAGCCCCCUUAGCCCCACCUCCCAAAGAGACCCUAGCGUCAGCCGAGAGCAAACUCAGUCCACCUCAAAGUAUUCCUCCUCCAGCUCAAAGCAUUCCCCCUCCACCUGAAAGCAUUCCUCCUCCACCUCAAAGUAUUUCUCCUCCACCCCAAAGCAUUCCUCCUCGAUCUAAAAAAAUCCCUCCUCCACCUCAAAGCAUUACUCCUCCAUCUCAAAGUAUUCCUCCUCCACCUCAGGUAGUUCUGACUUCACCACAACCCCAAAAACCUGCAAAGAUCUCAGCCCAGGAUGCCACUUCUUCAGCUGAGAGGGUUACGGUGCCCUCACCCCCCAAAAUGAUCCCACCUCCACCUGAGAGCACUCUUACCCCACCCCAGAGCAUCCCUUCUCCACCUCCCCUAAAAGACUCCCAGCCACCCACUCAGGAGGACACCUCACCACCCCAACCAGAGACCCCCCAACCUCCAUCUCAGAAGACCACACCAUUACCUCCACCAGCCCCUGCCACCCCCCUUAUUCCCCCAGCACCCCCAAUCCCUGUGAAUGUGUCUGCUAAUAUCCCAAACCAACCCAGUGUGGUGAGCACAGAGAGAUGGGGCCAGGAACUAAAGUCCCAAAGCGAGAGCCCCCCACCAGUGUCCUCUCCUGAAGGAGCCAUUCCUGUGGUCACCCCUUCCCUUCUGCAGAUGGUCAGGCUCAGGUCUGUCAAAAACCCUCCUUCACAGACCCAGGACCAGACCCAGACCCAGACACAGGACCAGACCCAGACUCAGACCCAGGACCAGACCCAGGACCAGACCAAGACCCAGGAACAGGACCAGACCCAGGACCAGACAUCGGCCUUUGGCACAGCCACCCAAUCCUCCAACAGUGUUUCAAAUCCAGCCUUCAACAGCCAGGAAGCCCCCCAGAAGCCUAUGCGCAGAUCACUAAUCAUGAUCUCUCCUCCUCCUGUAGAUGCAUCCCCACCUGCUGUCCUCACCUCACCAUCUACCGUGCAGUCCUAUUCCAACACACCAGUACUGAAUCUUUCCCCAACCUCAACCACUAUUACUUCCCCAACCAAAAAAUCCCCCCCUGCCACGACCACCACCCCCUCCAUGAGGCUGCAAGAAGCUAUCCGCUUGAGAACAGCAGCCAGAACAGUUAAAGACAGCUGCCCCUCUCGCUUGAGCAUGCACUCACCAGCUUCCCCACCGGGGGCAUACCUCCACAAGUCUCCUUCCGCCAGCGCCAGCUUUGUCUUUUCCAAGAGUGCAAAGAAGGUGGUGAUGGACCCUGCCUCCUCACAAGUAGCCACAACCAACUUCAACAACAAACUGGUAGCACAGCUGCCGUCUGUGUCCGGUCCCAAUAAGGCAACAGAAGUUCAGAAGAGAGGGCUCAAAGUGCCUCCACCAGUAGCCAAGAAACCACAGGCCGAGGCUAGUGAGGCCAAGGCUGGUGAGGCCAAGGCUGGUGAGGCCAAAGCUGGCGAGGCCGAGGCUGGUGAGGCCGAGGCUGGUGAGGCCGAGGCUGGUGAGGCCGAGGCUGGUGAGGCCGAGUGUGGAGUGGACACUGAGCAUGUGCAAGCUGCUGGACAGCAAGCACAGUCAGACAACAUUAAGGGUUCUGCAGAGGCCCCCAGUGGAACAGCAGCAUGAGGCGCCACUCUCUCCCUUGUUAUGAGCAGGUUGAAGAGGAGAGGACCAUCAAAACAGACACUUAACCACCAUACAAGAGUAUACAAGAGUAUCCACGUAUACAAGAGGAUGAGAAGAGGAAGAGAAAUCAGAUGACGGAAAGAAAAAGGUACUUUGAGUUUGAUGUUAUUAGUUUGGGUCUUUAAAUGUCUCUACCUUUUGUACUAUACAUUUAUAUUUUCUUUGCUAAAAAGUCUUUAGCUUUCACUUUGAUAUUUUGAUCUGCUGUCGACAGCCCAAUGCCUACUGAUAUAGUCGCAUGUCGCCCUCUUGUGGCAUGUCAUGUUUUUAUGCCAAUGUCAGGCCAACUACUGCAAGUGGGGGAGCUAUGGGCGCCUAUAUGUAUUAUACCCAAAUGUUUUACUUCUAAGAUAUUUAUAUAAUUAUAAGAAAAGAACAUGCACUAUUAAAUCCUGCUAUAUAUCUUUGAUAGCUGGUUUCGCAGACACAGAUUAAGCCUAGUCUAGGACUAAAGAAAAUAAAAUCAAUGGAGUGUCCUGGACUAGGCUUAAUCUGUGUCUGCAAAACUGGCCCUAAAAGUCUGAUUUCUUCCAUGUCCUAAAACUGUAUGGAGUUAAGUUAUUUUUUCCUGUGUAGAUACUUUGAGUUUCAUUUUUGAGCAUAGUGAAAUGUGCCAUCUUCCUUUACUGUUUUAUUGUAAUGACAUCUUUAUCUUUCCUUGUUUCUACACUUAUUAAUUUACCCCAAAUGAUUAACGUUUAUUCAUGCUACAUUUGUGUAAGGGUUGGUCCAAAUCUGCAUAUAACUUUAAAUUUGUGUUUUGUUUCUUAGUUUUUGCUGUGAAGGUACUGGAGGAUCAUCCUUCAUGUCAUUAAAUCCUUCACAUGUUGAUUCUGAUUCCGGUCUUAGUUUUUAUGUUUUUGCUUAUGGUUACUGAGAAUAUAUAAAUCACAUUCCUCCCGGAUGAAGCUACUGUACUUUAGAUUGAUGUUGUUUAUUGCCCAGAGAGGAAGAUACUCCUCAACUGUGCAAUACAAAUACUUUGGAUAAUUAAUCAUUUUCAAAGUGAUUAGCAUGAUAGUAAAGAUAAUCAAAGACAUGAUUCUUCACGUUCAUGUAUUUCAAUAAAAGAGAAUAAAUUGUCACAAUGAA